AUGGCAGAAGGCACGAGGUUUAAAAAGGUAGAAGCUGAUAUUAAAACGUUGUAUGAGCUGGUUGAGAAGAAUGCAGAAGCUCAUCGAGCUGAGGUUGCGAGGAACAAUGAGGAAAUGCGCUUGAGAAUGGAGACGAUGCAUAACUCCAUUAUGCAGGCGCUACAAAAGCAGCCUAUUAAUAUAAGCCAAGAAACUGACCUUCACACGGAGUUUAGCCAUGGCUCUCAUUUUGGUCAUGGGGGUGGUUUUCACAAUCAUCAACCUCACUUUAGAAAACCAAAAUUCGAUCUACCCAAAUUUGAUGGCUCAGAUGCGUUGGGAUGGAUCUUCUCUGUGGACCAGUAUUUCGACUUCUAUCGGGUGCCUGAGGAAGAACAAGUUGCAAUUGCAGGAAUGCACAUGGUGGGUCCUACCAUCCCUUGGUUUCAAAUGGCUCAACGUUCAUUACCAUUCCACUCUUGGAAUGAGUUGCGUCAAGCAAUCGAACAACAGUUUGGCCCGUCUUUGUUCGAUUCUCCACGAGAAUCAUUGUUCAAGCUGAUGCAGAAAGGCUCGGUAGCAGAAUACUACGCAGAGUUUGUGUCCCUGGCUAAUCGAACCAAUCUUGAGCCUCCGGAUGCUCUAAGAGACUAUUUCAUCGGUGGCUUACGUAUGGAUAUUAAACGUGAGGUAAAAUCUCAAUGCCCUCCCUCAUUAAUUAGAGCUGUGAGCUUAGCUAGAUUAUAUGAGGACAAAUUUUCAUCAUCUUUUCGAAAUUCACAAGGCCCAAACACUUACCGUAACCAAACAAUCCUUUCAAAUCAAAACCUUCAAACAAACCCUGGACAACAAAAUAAGCCUGCCCUUCCCCGCCAAACAUUACCACCCUUGCUACCCACUCCAGCCACUAAACCUGUCAUGAAUCCCAACAGAAACAAAGUUAAACGCCUCACGGCAGCUGAGCAACAAAUGAGAAGAGAAAAAGGUUUAUGCUACUGGUGUGAUGAACAUUUUUCCCCAACACAUAAGUGCCCCAACAGACACUUUAUGUUGUUUCAAUUAGAGGAAAUAGCCGAGGAAGAGGCUGAAGAACAGCAAAUGACUAAUACUGAACAACCUGCCCCAGAGGAUGUGAUGCAGCAGUUAGAACAGCAAGUUGCGGAGCAUCAUCUGUCUUAUAAUGCAAUGAAUGGAGCUGAAGGGUUGGCUACAAUCCGAUUGACCGCAAGGAUUCUUGGUCAUGAAAUUCAAGUGUUAAUUGACGGUGGAAGUUCUGAUAGUUUUAUCCAACCAAGGAUUGCAAAAUUCCUUAACCUUCCAGUGGAGCCAGCACCUGGAUUUAAUGUCAUGGUUGGCAACUUUGAAUUGAUGAAAGUGGAAGGAUGUAUUAAGGCUCUUGAGGUUAAUAUGCAGGGCCACAAAAUGAUUGUUCCACAAGUAUAUGUCUUACAUGUCGCAGGUGGAGAUUUAGUACUUGGUACUACUUGGCUCAAGAGACUAAAAGCUCACAUUGUUGAUUAUGAUUCCUCAUUUAUAAAGUUCUGGCAGAAUGGUGAGUUUGUAACCAUUUUUGGUGAUGCUUACAAUGGUCCGAGGCAGGCUCAAUACAACCACAUCAAGAGGUUGUUUCACACUAAUUCAGUUGCUGAAGCUUUUACUCUACAAUUACAAGAAAAGAAGGAAGAGACUCCACCGCAGCAGCAAGGAAAUACGAAGCAGCUGCAAUUAUCUCAGGAACUAGAACCUGAGUUGGCCUUGCUUUUACAGAAUUAUGCAGGGGUGUUUGAUGCCCCUUCAGGACUGCCACCUGCUAGAAGCCAUGACCAUGCUAUUCCAUUGAUUCCAGGAGCUCAACCAGUGAAGGCAAGACCUUAUAGAUAUCCUCAUUCGCAAAAGGAGCAUAUUGAAGGAAUGGUGCAACAGAUGCUUGGGGAGGGAAUAAUUCAGCCAAGUAAGAGUCCUUUUUCAUCUCCAAUCUUGUUAGUUAAGAAGAAGGAUGGUACUUGGAGGUUUUGCACUGAUUAUAGAGCACUAAACAACAUUACAAUUAAAGAUAACUUUCCUAUUCCCACUGUUGAUGAGUUGUUAGAUGAACUGUUUGGGGCUACAAUCUUUUCAAAGCUUGAUUUAAGGUCAGGCUACCAUCAAAUUUUAGUAAAGAAGGAGGAUAGAGAGAAGACUGCUUUUAAAACCCAUCAAGGACAUUAUGAAUGGCUAGUCAUGCCAUUUGGUUUAACCAACGCUCCAGCCACUUUUCAAGCAUUGAUGAAUGAUGUUUUUAAACCUUAUUUGAGAAGGUUUGUGUUGGUAUUUUUUGAUGACAUUUUGGUGUAUAGCCCGCAUUGGAAUGCUCACUUGGGCCAUUUGGAAACAGUGCUGAAGCUAUUACAACAAAACACACUCUAUGCUAAAUUGUCUAAAUGCCUCUUUGGGGUCUCAGAAAUUGACUAUUUGGGCCACACAAUCACUAAAGAAGGAGUGCACAUGGAGAAGGAGAAGGUUAAAGCUGUGGUAGAGUGGCAAGUACCUAAGAAUCUGAAACAAUUGCGAGGAUUCUUAGGCUUAACAGGUUAUUAUCGAAGGUUCAUCAAAGGUUAUGCUUCUUUGGCAGCCCCAUUGACCAAUCUUUUAAAGAAGGAUGCUUUUUUCUGGAAUAAUGAUGCUGAGGAAGCCUUCUUGAAACUAAAGAAAGCUAUUACUUCAAAGCCAGUUUUGGCUUUACCAAAUUUUGAAUUGCCUUUUGAGGUGGAGACAGAUGCCUCAGGGUUGGGAAUAGGGGCUAUUUUAAGCCAAGGUAAACACCCUAUUGCUUAUUUCUCAAAGAAAUUGUCCCCAACCAUGCAAUGUCAAUCGGCUUAUACCAGGGAGUUAUAUGCAAUCACUGAAGCCAUUGCAAAAUUUAGGCAUUAUUUGCUGGGUAAGAGAUUUAUCAUCAAAACGGACCAACAAAGUUUGAAGGCUCUGCUAGAAAAGAGUCUGAGCACACCAGAACAACAGAAAUGGCUGCACAAGUUUGUGGGAUUUGAUUUUGAAAUCCAAUAUAAACCGGGAAUAGAGAAUGUUGCUGCUGAUGCUUUAUCUAGAUGUUACUAUGCCGCUUGGUCUUGUCCGGAUCUGAAUUGGCUGCACACACUUAAAAAUGACUUAGAGAAUGAUGGCUCUCUUAAGGAACUCUUGCUGAAGUGUAGAGAGGAAAUAACAACUGAUGGAAAUUAUUCUUAUAAGAAUGGGUUGCUGCUGUGGAAAAAUAGGGUGGUUAUUCCUCGACAAAGCUCUCUUAUUCAAUUAAUCCUCAAGGAAUAUCAUGAUAGUGCCAUAGGGGGACAUUCCGGUUCUGCUAAAACAAUUGACAGAAUAUGCUCCAAUUUCUAUUGGCCAAAUAUACAACAGCAGAUCAAAGAAUAUGUGCGAAAUUGUGUUAUUUGUCAACAAGCUAAGGUGGAGAAUAAAUUUCCAACAGGAUUAUUGCAGCCCUUACCAGUGCCUUCCCAAGUUUGGGAAGAAAUUUGUAUGGAUUUCAUUACUUCUCUUCCACCAUCUCAUGGCUAUUCAGUGAUUAUGGUGGUGAUUGAUAGAUUAACCAAGUUUGCUCAUUUCAUUGCUUUAAAACAUGAUUUCAAUAGCAAAUAG